GAAGAACACGAACGGCCUGCUCUCGCUGUGGUCUUCCUCUGCGUUUUUGGCUGUUUGGUGGAUGUAAAAUUCAACCAAGUAAUGCCUUCAGUACCGAACCCAAUAUAAUAUAAACCAGUAGGACAGUCACAGGUGGUGCUGCAAGCAGUUUUGUUGUGUUUCUGAGGAUCAACGGAAGCAGGGCGCCGCCAUCAUGGACAGCUGUUUACCUUGGAGACACCGUAAAGCGCCGUGUGACGACAUGCAGCAGCUGAUGAUGAUGAUGAGUAAAGAUGAAAUUUUCCCUGAGACACACAAGUGGAAUCUCAAUGUGGACCAAGAUGACUUAAAGCCCUCAAACAUUAAAGAGGAACAGGAAGAACUCUGGCCAAUUCAAGGAGAGCAGCUACAUGAGGCAGAGGACCAUGAUACCGCCAAUUUGCCUUUCACUGUUGUCAUUGUAAAGAGUGAAAAUGAAGAAAAUCCACAGUCACCACAGCUUCAUCAGGACCAAACCGAUGAGCACACAGAGUCAUCACCUCUAGCCAGCAGGUCAACUCAACACAGCACAAUGAAAACAGAAGCUGAUGAAGAUGAUUAUGGAGAACAACAGUUGAUCUAUAACUUUGGCCCAUGUACAAGUUUACACCCAGGUACUGAUGGCAGGAGUUCAGAUGGUUCUGAGAAUGAAACUAAUACCAAAUAUGACUGGACUUCUGUAAGUGGUAGUAGAUCUAAAAGUACAAAGUACCUGUUUAACUGCUCUGAAUGUGGAAAAACAUUUGGUCAUAUUAAUUGUUCAAAGCAACACAAGAGAAGUCAAACAUGUGAAAGCUCAUUUAUUUGCCAUGAGUGUGAUGAAAGAUGGAGACAGAAGAGCAAUUUGAACACACAUAAACACAGGCAUACAGCAGAGAGAAAUCCAGAGAAACCAUUUGAGUGGUCUAAGCGUGGUAAAAGAUUUCUCCAAAACAGCAGCCUCAACACACACAAGACAACUGGCACAAGAGCUAAAGCUUUUAUCUGCACUGAAUGUGGUAAAGGGUUUGGCCGAAAGGGCCACCUGAACACACACAUGAGAAUUCACACAGGUGAGAAACCAUUUGCCUGUUCAGAGUGCAGCAAAAGGUUUAGACAAAAGGAUGGUUUGAAUAGCCACAUGAAAAUUCAUACUGGGGAGAAAUCAUAUGUCUGCUGUGAGUGCGGUAAAACAUUUCGACACAGAAGCAAUCUCAUCUUGCACAUGAGAAAUCACACUGGGGAUAAACCAUUUGGCUGCUCAGUGUGUGGCAUACGAUUUGGCCAAAAAGGCCACCUGAGCACACACAUGAGAACUCACACAGGAGAAAAAACUUUUCUCUGUUCAGAGUGUGGUAAAGGUUUUAGCCGAAAGGGCCAUCUGAACAGACACAUGAAAAUUCACACAGGCGAGAAACCAUUUGGCUGCUCAGAGUGUGACAAAAGAUUUAGGCAAAAGGAUGCAUUGACCAGCCACAUGAGAAGUCACACAGGAGCGAAACCAUACAGCUGCUUAGAGUGUGGUAAAAGAUUUGGGCAAAAGAAUACUCUCAACACGCACAUGAAAAUUCACACAGGAGAGAAAUCAUUUGGUUGCUGUGAGUGUGGUAAAAGAUUUCGACACAAAGUCAGUCUGAGCAUACACAUGAGAAUUCAUACUCGAGAAACCAACCAGCAGACAAAGAUGGAAGUAUAUCAUUCAUAGCAUAGUCUGAAGCAACCAAUAAAGCCUAUCGCUUAAAAAAAGAUCUUAAUUAUUUGUUAAUGCUCCAGAUUUAUAUUAAUUGUACCAGUAGAGUUAUUACUGGUAUAGUUACACAGGUAAUAUUAAACAGUAGUUUGCACCACCACCUUAGUGACCAUAAACUUAAUUUGAGGAAGGGUGCAGCAAAUAAUUAAACUUCCCAGCCACAUUUACCACCUGGAUCCCAAGGUGUUUCCAGGUCAGUGUAGAGAUAUAGUCUGUCCACCUAGUCCUGAUCCUUACCAGAUGCCCAAACCACCUCAGCUGGCUCCUCUCAACGUGAAGUAGCUCUACUCCGAGCUACUCACGAAUGACUGAGCUUCUCACCCUAUUGCUAAGAGAGACUCCAGCUACUCUCCUGAGUUAACGCAUUUCAGCUGCUUGUACCCGCGUCGGGUUCUUUUGGUCAUGGCCCAACCCUCAUGACCAUAAGUGAAAGUACAAACAGAGAUUGACCAGUAGAUCAAGAGCUUCGCCUUUCGGCUGAACUCGCUUUUCGUCACAACAGUGCAAUGGAGGUAAUGCAACACCAUCCCUGCUGUGCCAAUUCUCCAGCCAAUGUCACGCUCCAGUACCCUUAUUAAUAAACAAGACCCCAAGGUACUUGAAUGCCUUCACUUGGGGAAAGUUGUCAUUCCCUACCUGGAGUAGGUAGUGGCUUCCUGCUGAGAACCAUGGCUUCAGAUUUAGAGGUGCUGAACCUCAUCCCAGUUGCUCUACAUUCGACUGCAAACUGACCCAGUGAGUGUUGGAGGUCACAGACCAAUGAUGCUAACAGGACCACAUUUCAAUUUAAUUUCAAUUUCUAUAGGGCCAAAUCACAACAGAGUUGCCUCAAUGUGCUUCACACAAGUAAGGUCUAACCUUACUAACCCCCAGAGU